AACAGGCCAGAAACCUUGGAUACAAAGUAACAGAAGUAGUAGGACCGGCUGCGAUAAAUGGAAUCGAACAGGCCAAAAACCUUGGAAACAAAGUAAAAAAAGUAGCAGAACCGAUCACAACAUCAGUAAAGGAUCAAGCUAGUAAACACCCAUACAUGACAACCGCAAUAGUAACAGCAGGUGGUGCGGGUGCGGGGUUUUUUUUAGGACCUCCUGCAGUUGUCCUUGCGGUAAAUGCAGCCGGAUUCACCGCUGAAGGAAUAGCAGCUGGCUCUACAGGUGCUGCUUUAAUGUCCUCAUACGGAGGAAUGGUAACGUCUGGUAGUUUGUGUGCUACAUUACAAUCCAUCGGUGCUGCUGGAACUGGGCUUGCAACGACUGCAUUUUCUGCAUUUUCAGGUGCAUUUUUUGGGUAUGCUUCUAGCAAGCCUGCUGAUACUAACGAGACUCAAGUGGAACAAGAUGAACAAAAAGAAAAAUAUGAUUAG